AUAGACAAAUGGAUAUCUAAUUAUAGUGUUUAUACUCCAAUCAUAAUAACUCCUAAAUUGUUGGAGUCUGUCUUAACGAAGACUGUUGCUCUCAAAGAGCCUAUUGUAAAGAGUGCAUCGAACCCUUGCACUUCAAUCAUAUAUAAGACUUAUGCUCAUUAAAUUAAUUUGGCAUCAAAAUGUAAUAAGCUAAUUUAACUCUUGAUUCACUAACAAUGCGCCUGGAAUAAGCAAAAAGCCAAAUAGAAUCAAUUUCAAAAUUUUAUAAAUAAUUAUUCUCCUUCCUAUAAUCAGAUUUCUAUAACCUAUCUCAUUAAAGAUUUAACCCUGUUAUUGAUCAAUUCAUUUCUAUCAAAAAAAUAGAGAAAGAAUUACUACCUAUGUUGGGAAACAUAUGUAAUGACUUUUAACCUAUGAUGGCUAAAUUCUUCGAAAUUUAGAACUAUUAAAGUACAUUAUUUCAUUCCACUAUUCAUUAGUUAAAUAAGAAUUUUGUAGAUAUCAAAGUCAAAUAGUAGAACCUCUUAAUAUUGUCUUUCCUAAUACUAUGGAUAAUAUCAAUGUUUUCGAUAAAGGAAAAUAAGUCAUAAAACCAUCUUUAGGUUAUCAGUUUGUAAUUUGUGAUCCUGUAAUACCUAAAUAGAAGAGAGUUACUUUUACAUUUGAAAUACUUUCGGUUGGAUUAAGAACUGCCAUAGGAGUAUGUCAUAAAGACAUCAACACUAAGAUUUAAUAAUUAAAAGAAGGACAUGGGUAUCUUUUUAUAUAUCAUUUUAGUUCAUAUCUAAUGGUCAAUUCAGGAAACUGUUUUGAAAGCUCCAAAUCACAAGGUACCAACACAACAUUUGUAUUUGAUAAAGGUUCUAAAAUUCUUGUUGAAGUCAACACUAUAUAAAAAAAGAUCAUUUGGAAAAAUUUGGAUAAUUUAAAUGAAUAUGUACAUAUAUUAUUUAUAUUCUAUUAAGUCUGUUGCAAUAGACACAUCUAAAGAUUUAUAUCCUUGUUUGAGAUUGAGUUGCAAAAACCAAUAGGAAUGCUCUUCAGUUAAAAUUAUAGACAAUUAUAACUAUAUUUAGGCAGCGCAAGAAUGA